GAAACUGCCGUCUGGCUAGAGCGACCACAUCCGGAGGCCUCUCGCCUUUCUAUCUUGUUCUCUAUGAUCUGGCGCACAGCCUAGCUCCGCCCAGGGCCAUCCAGCUUCCUGGACGCCUGCGCAAGACCAGAAGGCACUUCCGCCUCCGCUGCGACGCCUUUCGUUGUCGAGGUUCGGUUGACACGGUUGGCGGGCAGUAGCUGAGCAAAGAUGCUGCGGAAUCUGCUGGCUCUUCGUCAGAUUACCCAGAGGACCAUAAGCACUGCUUCGCGCAGGCAGUUUGAAAAUAAAGUGCCAGAGAAACAAAAGCUCUUUCAGGAGGAUAAUGGCAUUCCAGUUCAUCUGAAAGGGGGACUAGCUGAUGCCCUCCUGUAUAGAGCCACCAUGCUUCUUACAGUUGGUGGAACAGCAUAUGCCAUAUACCUGUUGGCUAUGGCUUCAUUUCCCAAGAAGCAAAACUGAAUUCACUUCAUCAUCCCAGCUGAAGUUCAGUUGGUUCAAUGGACCAGUAAUCUGAUAAUCUAAGUUCUUUGGGGAUCAAUAUUUAUUGACUUGUAUUAACUGCCACCAAUAAAGCAGUCUUUACAAUG